AUGGGAGAAAAUUCAAGUAAAUCAAUUUCUUUUUGUGGAGAUUGUGGAAAAAAUAUGAUAGUAACUGAAGAAGCUUUUAAAGAAACGUGGGGAAGCUUUAGAAAUGAAUUGGAAGAGAAAAAGCAGCAGCAAGAAUCAAAUUUUAUUGAAGAUAAAAAAAUCAUAACUGGCCAAGACCAAUCUCCCAUAAAAUUAAUUAAAGUAUCUCCAUUUGUGGAGCCAAAAGCAUCAGUGGAAAAUAAUGAGCAGGUAAUAGAUGACUAUAUGGUUUUUCUUAAAACGCUAUGCUCUCCAAAGCAUAAGCGGACUAUGACUAUGCCUGCAAGCCAAAGUUCUGGUCAAAAGUUGAAUAAAUCAAGAAGAAGUGACAGAUCUCCAACUGCUUCAAGCGUAAAAGAACCUUUACAUAUACAAGUAAGUUUGUCUGAGCUUGCACGAAAGAGAAAAGUUAUGCUAAAACUCAAUGAAAUCAAAAAUGAAACUGAGAUUCGGCCACAGCAGCAAAUUCCUGACCUAAUGAGUAAUAUAACUCCUGAUUCUCCGUCAAAACUGCUGAGAAGUUUUUCAAGCAAUAUUACUAAUAAAUCGGUAAAUUUAGUGGAAAAGAUGAGAAUGAAUACGUCGAGUAUAAAAAAUGAUAUGUCUGUGGAUACUUUUGUUCAAGACCCGUAG